AGAGAGAGAGGAGCGCAGCGGCAGCUCGUCUACUCAACUGAGGGACAAGAAAAACGAGCCAAACUACUGAAAGCACCCAGUCAUCUGAACGCCUCACUCCUCACAGCAGCGUCUCACUCCUCACAGCAGCGUCUCACUCCUCCACACCAGUGUCUCACUCCGACGCGUCUUUUCCUUUUGGAGACCUCGGAGGCUCAGGUGACUCGCGUUGGUUCAGGUAGAGUCUAUUCUCCACAAACAGGGAAGCCACCCAGCAGCAUGGCAGACACGGCAGACACGGUGGCGGCUGCGGCCAACAGCAGCGACGGGGAGGACGGACCACGAGAGCCCAUGCGGGGCUUCGCGCGCCAGGGAGCCCUCCGCCAGAAGAACGUGCACGAGGUGAAGGACCACAAAUUCAUCGCGCGCUUCUUCAAGCAGCCCACCUUCUGCAGCCACUGCACCGACUUCAUCUGGGGUUUUGGCAAGCAGGGAUUCCAGUGUCAAGUGUGUUGUUUCGUGGUUCACAAACGUUGCCAUGAGUUCGUCACCUUCUCCUGUCCGGGUGCCGAUAAAGGACCUGCAUCAGACGACCCGAGGGCGAAGCACAAGUUUAAGAUCCACACCUACUCCAGCCCGACCUUCUGCGACCACUGUGGCUCUCUGCUCUACGGACUCUUACACCAGGGCAUGAGAUGUGACCACUGUAUGAUGAACAUCCAUAAGCGCUGUGUGGCCAAUGUGCCGAGCCUGUGUGGGACGGACCACACUGAGAGGAGAGGUCGCCUCCAGAUCACCGCUGAGGUCAAGACUAAUGUACUCACUGUUACCAUCAAAGAGGGCAGGAAUCUGGUUCCCAUGGACCCCAACGGUCUGUCAGACCCCUACGUGAAGCUCAAACUGAUCCCAGAUCCCCGCAGCGAGAGUAAACAGAAGACCAAGACCAUAAAGUGCUGCCUCAACCCCACCUGGAAUGAGACCUUUAAAUUCCACCUGAAGGAGUACGAUAAGGACCGCCGUCUGUCGGUGGAGAUCUGGGACUGGGACCUGACCAGCCGCAACGACUUCAUGGGAUCGCUGUCCUUCGGCAUCUCGGAGCUCCAGAAACAAGGAGUGGAUGGAUGGUUCAAGCUGCUCUCCCAGGAAGAAGGCGAGUACUUCAAUGUUCCCGUUGCUCCGGAGGGGGAGGAGGGCAACGAGGAGCUCCGGCAGAAAUUUGAGAGAGCUAAGAUUGGACCAGGCAAGAACACAGAAGGCAAGGCGGCCAACGCUGCCUCCAGGUUCGACUCCAAUGGAAACCAGGAUCGCAUGAAGCUGGCCGACUUCAACUUCCUGAUGGUGCUGGGCAAAGGCAGCUUCGGCAAGGUGAUGCUGGCGGAGCGUAAAACGACAGAGGAGCUGUACGCCAUAAAGAUCCUGAAGAAGGACGUUGUGAUCCAGGAUGAUGACGUUGAAUGCACCAUGGUGGAGAAGAGAGUGUUAGCUUUGGCUGGAAAGCCCCUCUUAACACAGCUGCACUCCACUUUCCAGAGCAUGGACCGUUUGUAUUUUGUCAUGGAGUACAUAAACGGAGGAGAUCUCAUGUAUCAGAUUCAGCAGGUUGGCAAAUUCAAAGAGCCCCACGCUGUUUUCUAUGCAGCGGAGAUCGCCAUUGGUCUGUUCUUCCUCCAUCUAAAGGGCAUCAUCUACAGAGACCUGAAGCUGGACAACGUGAUGCUGGACUGUGAGGGUCACAUUAAGAUAGCAGAUUUUGGCAUGUGUAAAGAAAAUAUGACUGACGGAAUCACCACCAAGACCUUCUGUGGAACACCGGACUACAUCGCUCCUGAGAUCAUAGCCUACCAACCUUAUGGGAAAUCUGUGGACUGGUGGGCCUUUGGAGUGCUGCUCUAUGAGAUGCUGGCUGGACAGCCUCCAUUUGACGGUGAAGAUGAGGAUGAGUUAUUUCAGUCCAUUAUGGAGCAUCACGUCUCCUAUCCCAAGUCAAUGUCCAAGGAGGCAGUCGCUAUCUGUAAAGGGCUGAUGACGAAGCAUCCAGCGAAACGACUCGGCUGUGCUCCGGAGGGCGAGAGAGACAUCAGGGAGCACAGCUUCUUCCGCUACAUGGACUGGGAGAAACUGGAGAACAAGGAAGUGCAGCCGCCAUUCAAACCAAGAGCUUGCGGACGGGAUGCCGAGAACUUUGACCGCUUUUUCACUCGCCACCCGCCGGUGCUGACCCCUCCCGAUGAGGAAGUGAUUCAGAACCUGGACCAGGACGAGUUCCAGGGAUUCUCCUUUAUCAACCCAGAGUUCCCGGGAGCUGAUGCUACCAUCACUGCCACCGAGCAGGCUUGAUUUCAGCUCAUGCACGCACACAAACACGUACAUAAUCAUCCCCCCCCCCCCCUUAUCAACCCUUUGUGCCCUGGAUCACACACACACACACACACACACACACACACACACACACACACACACACACACACACACAUAUCAACUUUAAAUAUCCAUGACAUGAUCCUGGAAAAGCCAUGACUUAAACUGAUAAAGACACUGUUUACUUAAUAACACACAUUUAUUGUUCACACUGCUGCAACCUGGAUGUGCUGGCUUCUUCUGAGGCUGCAUGUGCACUGAAUGCAUGCGGCACUCUAGUGCAGCUCAGAAAUACCAUAUAUAUCAGACAUUUGAUUUAGACUGACAUUUGGGAUAAUUAGAUAAACAAAUCCUGCAUUUUUCCACGCUUCUACGUGGUCAAAAUGUGACCACUUGGCAAGAUAUGAGUCAUUGACUUUCUCCCAGAUUUGUUUUUAAGAAACAAGAUGCUUGGAAGUGUGAUUCACCACAAGCUUGUUGAAUCAACUUGUGUUGCUCCCAGGGUGAACAAAGUGUUUGUGUUUCAUUUACCAAACCUCAUCGGAAUAAGGAUGAGAAAUAAAUGGUGACCCUUAAAAUCCCAAAUGUCGUAAAUGCAGUAAAUUUACAACCUAAAUCCAGAUUAGUAGUCAAGUCACGAGUCCUCGGCCAACACAUGAAAAUACACAACAGCAUAAUACACAUGUAACAUAGCUCCAGCAUUCCAUUUUAUUAUCAUUUUUUGGUGGAAAUUGUGAUUUAACUUUUCUUUUGCUCAUUCUUCAACUAUUCCAGCGCAUUCUGAGUUGGGCCUGUACUUCUGGUGUGCUUUCUAUCAAUGUGUAGUAAUAAUAGAGUCUGUACGUUUAUCUUUAUCUUAGCUAGAACUGGAAUGCUUCACAUGCUUGUGCAUGAGUUUCUAUAUCAAUAAUAGCCCUGGACUCUGCAUCCCAGCAGCAUUUGAGCAUCGUAUAUCUGCACCACUUUGUUCUCAUGGUUUUCAACAUAUGUAUUUGGUGUAUGAUUUUACACAUUGAGACAGUGGAAGAUUUGUGCCACAAAAUGCGACAAAUAUCAGAUUUGAUUUGUGUCUUAUUCGCUGUUGGGCACUGGGCUCAUGAUGGUAAAAUGCUGUUGGGAAAUGUAGUCUUUAUAUAGGCUUUGAGUCAGUUGAAUAGAUAAUACUACUUCUUAUACUCUCAGUUUCUGUUAUCUAGUAUAUAAGCAAUGAAAGAGACUAGCAGUUAGUUUCACAAAAGCAUGACUCCGAUACCUGGGCGUUUGUUUACAGCGUAUGUGUGUGUGCACAUGUAUGUGAUAUGUGUGCGAACGAGCACUGUGUAUGAAAAACGCAUGUUUGCGUUUGCAUUUUUGUAUGUGUGUCAAGACUUGACUUCCCCGCCUUGCGUUGGCCUUGCGUUGGCCUUGCGUUUACAUUUGUUUGUAUGGUGAAUGUCUGCACCCCGUCAAAACAAACAGUAUUGGUAUGAUCCACUUUACUUCCAAACAGCGGCUCCACAAGUCUCUGAAGAGGAGAAAAUAAGGAGAGAUGCAUGAUAUUUAAAUUGAAACAAUUAAUAAUAAUAUUAGGUUUCAGUACAUGUCGGCAAGAGAGUAGUAAUACUAAAGAAAAUGUGUUUCUCAAGCCUUGUGUUUGAAUUAUUGACAUUUGUUGAGCAAAUUUUUACCUUAAUAGAAAACGUUGCUGUAGUGUAAAAA